AUGAUGUCCAGUAGUGAUACAUUUAUAAAGAAUAAUGAAGAAAACAAUCAAUCAUUAAUUAUAAAUAUAGAUGAUAUAGCGAAUCAAUAUAAUGAAGUUUUAGAAUUGUGCAAUUUGGAUAAAAUAAAACUAGCAGGCCAAAAAUUAGUAUCAUUAGAACUUUUAAUAGAUGAAAUUUCAAAAGAUUUAGACGAAUCAAAUGUAGAGUUAAACAAAAUCAUCGAAACCAUUAGAAACGAUGUUAGAUUGAAAAAAUUAAAACAAGAAUCUCUAGAAAUCGAUGAUUUAUUAUUAAUGUUAUCAAGCGACUACCUAUCCCAGGGUUGGCAAUCAAUUCAUAACUCAAAUGGAAUUCAUUCAAUGUAUAAAGAAAAUGGGUCGGGUAUGCACAGUAUUAGAAUUGAAGGUAUAAUAGAGUCACCAAUAUUUGAUGUUUGUAGUGUAAUUAUGGAAGCGGAUCUCUAUUCAAGUUGGAUACCAAGAAUGCUAUGCUCACAGAUAUUAUAUCAAGAUUCAAGAUAUAAAAGAUUAUUAUAUUGUAAAGCAAGUUGUCCCUGGCCUGUCGCAAAUAGAGAUGUUUGUUUAUAUGGAUAUGGGGUUGAUAUGUUGGAAGAGGAGGAUUUAGUUGUUGUAGUUUCUAGAACCAUUAAAGAAGAGGAUUUAAUUGAUAUAAAAUUAACAAGCGAUAUUCCAACCCCUAAAGAUGGCACAGUAAGAGCAGAUGCCAAAAUUUCAGGUUUUACCAUUAAACCAAUUUCAAAAGAUAAAACUUAUGUUCAAGUAGUUUCACUUACAGAUCCAUGUAUGCAGUUAAUUCCCUAUUGGCUACUUAAUUUUGUUAUUAAUCAAUUUUGCCAUUAUUUAUUUGUUAUGUUAAGAAAACAAUCCAAUAAAGUUUCAACCGACAAAGAAUAUCAAACUCGUAUUAAAUCAAACCCUAUAUACAAAGACAUUUGGGAAAAAGCAGAAAAAUAUUUUGAAAAAGUUAACAAUAACAAUGACAAUAAUAAAUAA